UGAUGAUGACGGAGGCGAAUUAUCGUAGUAAAAAUCUCACGGAUUGGAAUGGCGUGUUGGAAGAUCUCUUUGGCUCUGACAACAGCCAGAAGGCUGACUCUCUUCACGAUUCCUCUUCAGGCUUUGCGUCCGAUGUUCCCUCCUACAACUCCCAUGGGUCUAGUAUGACCACAUUUAAGGGCGCUCCAGUCACACCCGUACAUGACCGGAAGUCAAAAGAGCGAGAACGAGACAAGGAACGAGAUCGAGACAGGGGAAAUAAACCCCCACCGUGGCCUUCCAAUACACCCCCAUCUCAUAGAAAUCCAAACCAUUACCAUCCGCAAGAUCUUAACAUGCACUACAGAAUGUCGACACCAUCGCCGAUGUCAAACCGCUCAGUAUCAUCAGUAAACACCCAUUCCUCAGCAUCUCACGUCUCGUCUCAUCAAUCAUCGUCAUCGCACGUGAUGCAGCACACCCCCAUACCACCAAAGAUCAGCUACAAGAAUCCUGCCUAUGAAUACCAGCUAGAUAAACACAUGGAGGAAAUACAAACCAACAUCAAACGAAUCGAACUCCAGGAAAGUGAUAAAAUGACGUCAAAAGGAACGAGAUACAGGACUCCAAGACUUUCCAUGUUCGACUUGAUUACCGAUGAAGUUAUUGUGAAAAUAUUUUCUAAUUUGCCAUCUGACCAACUUUGCAAAAGUUCGCGCGUGUGUACGCGAUGGUACAACCUUGUAUGGGACCCGUUACUAUGGCGACACAUUGUGAUUAGGAAUGGACGUAUCAAUGUAGAUAAGGCAUUGAAAUACCUCACAAAGAGACUCAGUUUAAACACUCCUUCCGUUUGUGUUCUGGUGGAAAGCAUCUCUGUAAACGGAUGCGAAAGACUCUCGGAUGCAGGACUUCACACGAUCGCCAAGAGGUGUUCCGAAUUGCGCAGGCUUGAACUGCAAGGUUGUUCCAAUAUUUCGAACGAGGCGCUCUUCGAAGUGACGUCAUAUUGUGUCAACCUAGAACAUCUUGAUGUGACAGGAUGUCCCUGUGUCACAAGUAUUAGCCUAACGGAUCAAAUGCUCAGGCAAGCUUCUGCGCAUCAUCUCCGUCAAAUCCACCUCCGAUUUCUCGACAUGACCGAUUGUUACGCUCUGGACGACGAGGGACUCCGAACAGUUGCUCUUCAUUGUUCACAUCUACAGUUCCUGUAUUUGCGCCGAUGUGUUCGAAUCGGAGAUAACGGACUUCAGUUUAUUUCUCACUACUGCACGGGAAUUCGCGAGCUCAGCAUCAGUGACUGCCGCAAGGUAACAGAUUUUGGAUUAUGUGAACUCGCCAAGCUGGACGAUUUACGAUAUUUGAGUGUCGCAAAGUGUGACAAAGUGUCAGACGUCGGUAUAAUUCACUUGACAAAGCACUGCCGGAAGUUACGUUAUUUGAACAUGCGCGGUUGUGAAGCAGUAUCAGACGACGCUAUGGACGUUCUUGCCAGAAACUGUUUUCGGAUUAAGUCCCUUGAUAUUGGAAAAUGUGACGUCACAGACGAAGGUUUGCUAGUACUUGCUCAAAACUGUAGUCAGUUAAAGAAAUUAAGUUUAAAAUCCUGUGACGCCAUCACGGACAAUGGUGUGAAGGCGAUAGCAAAGCAAUGUCGAAACUUACAACAAUUAAACAUACAAGACUGUCACGUGACCGUAGAUGCUUAUAGAGCGGUCAAGCGAUAUUGUAAACGAUGUUUCAUUGAACAUACAAAUCCGGGUUUUUACUGAUAUUAGAAAGUUUUACAACAAUUCUGAUGGUAUUUAGCAUCCGUAGCCAGGAUGAAUAACUAGGGUCUAUAGGGAGGGUUAGGUCUCGUAUAAAUGGAGGUCUGGUCUUGGUGAGGACAUUUGUCACACUAUUUAAAACGAGGCUCUACCAGGCGUUUGGAUUAAUGAAAUUGCAAUCCCAGCGUGUUAACUUCAAUAUUCGAUAUACCAAAAUUAUACUAUAGUAGACCUAUAUCGCUGCUAGACUUCAGUAUUCGUUAUCGUUAUUCAUAUUCGUUUGUGAUCGACCCUCACGUGCUCUAGUUUUUAAUUCAACGACUACAAAGUGAAUCGUAAGAGAUGUCUGUAUUUGACCGCUGAAAUAGACAUGGAGCGAUAUUCCACCAACAUAAGGACUAUGAUCCUGACCUAAAAGACUGGGCUUGUGUGCAGUAACGAAAUGGCGAACCCGUUUUUGUAUUCAAUAUAUUCUUUGUGCCAAAUUCUACUAGAUCUGUAUAUUACGAUGUCAGUAUUUUUAUAUAAGUGUUAGCAACUAUGCAGAUGUUUAUAAUAUAUAGAUUUGUAUUGAUGUAUAUUUUCCUGAUCUAUUUGUAUUUAU